AUGGACGUGGUGGACGAUAAGGAACAGGGUGAUGCGGCAGAGGAAACGGGCCAAGCUGCAGGAGAUAAGUUGACAGAUCAGGGAAGUACCAAGGUGAGGAUUGCAAAGGCUCUUCUCUCUCUGCGCAAAAGAGCUACAACUAAACCUGGUGUUCGAUAUGGAGAUGGCAUCAAGCAAACUGAAGAUAAGGGUGCGUCACACCCGAAACCUGGUCACCAGAAAGAGUAA